AAGUUAUGGAAACAAUGUCGGAGUGUAAAACAAAGCCCGACGUACCCUUAGAUGAUGACACAAAAGACAGUUGUAAGGUGGUUCUUGUUGGCAAAGAUACUCAAAAAAAUGAAAAAUUGAAAACAACACUUGAGGAAUUAAAAAUUGCCUAUGUAAACUCUGAAGAUGGACUUGAUUGUGUUCAGGAUGCCUCAGAAUGGGAUACAGCAUUUGUCCUGGAAAACUUUGAAGGCCAUGUAUUCCAUAAAUUACAUAAAGCAGAGACCUGGAUAGUAGGCCCACCUAUCAUAUUUCAGUGUGCUAUAGAUAAAAAACCAAUACCACAGCACACAAGACCAUUAUUUUGUACAGCUAUGCAGGGUGUUAUUGUUUGCUUUACUGGUUUUAGUAGGAGAGAAGAAGUGAGUCCUUUGGCUGACUUAAUUCAUCAUAUGGGUGGAAGUGUAAGAAAAGAUAUAUCACCAAAAGUAACCCAUCUGGUAGCUAACUGUAUAGAUGGUUUCAAAUACAGGUUUGCUGUUGGUUAUGGUACUCCAAUCAUGGAUGCUAAGUGGAUUUAUAGAGUGUGGGAAGAAAGAAACACAUUGGGUGUAAAAGCUACAGAUGAGAAAAUGAUGCAACAUAGAAUGCCACCCUUUUAUAAAUGUUGUUUGUGUUUUUAUGGCUUUUCUGAUGAAGAAAAAAAACACAUGGAAGAAUUAACUAUUGAAAAUGGUGGGACAUUUGCAGCAGUUGGAGAUGACGAUUGUUCACAUUUGGUUUAUGAUGAUCAACAGGUCAAAGACAUUCCUGUCAACUUGUUAGAUAACACCAAUUUUUAUGUUGUCCGAGGGGAGUGGUUUUGGGGAAGUAUUCAGAUGGAAGCAUGUGCUGAUGAGACAUUGUAUGAAUAUCAUCAGAAAAUAGAUUUCAAUGGUGUGAAUGGGAAUAUAUUCAUGCCUGGUAGAAACAUGUCUGGAUCCAAAUCUCGCAAGAGAAAGAGAUUGAAAGAAAAUAUUGCUCAAUUGGCAGCUGAUGGAGAGUAUGACUCACCAUUCAAAAGAAGAUCAACUGAUAGAGUUUCCAUGAGUCCUAAUUCUUUCUUAGAUGCUUCAAAUACACCAGACAAAUCUGAUGUCUUUUCAGAAUCGGUAGAAAGUUACAAGGAGAAAAUUCCUAAGAUGUCCCCAAGACUUCAGGUUGUUACAGAAUUGUUACAGACAGAGAAAAAUUACGUAGGAAUUCUACACACUGUUAUAAAUACAUUUAAAACAGAAAUUGAAAAAUCUAAUCAAUACAAUGGUGCAAUAUUAGGAGCACAAGAGGUCAAGUUAAUUUUCGGCAAUAUUCCUCCUAUAUAUGAAGUUCAUUGUAAGAUUAGAGAAAGGCUAUCACAGAUAGUUGACAAUUGGAAUGAAGAAGUGUCUGUUGGUGAUAUUUUUAUUGAGCAUGCAGAAGCUUUGAUGAAAGCUUAUCCUCCAUUUGUGAACUUUUUUGAACAAACUAAAGAAACAAUUGCAAAAUCUGAUAAAACCAACCCUAGAUUCCAUGCUUUUCUUAAAGUGUGUUUAUCUAAGCCUGAAUGUGGUAGACAGAGUUUGACAGAGUUAUUAAUCAGACCAGUACAAAGGUUACCUAGUGUAUCUUUGUUAUUAAAUGAUAUUUUGAAGCAUACAACAAAGGAUAAUCCAGAUUAUACAAAAGUAGAAAAGGCACUGCAAGUUGCCAAAGAAGUUAUGACUCAUAUAAAUGAAGACAAGAGGAAAACAGAGAACCAGGUUGUGAUGUUUGAUAUAAUGAAUGAUAUAGAUAAUUGUCCUGCUACACUACUGUCAUCACACAGAAGAUUUGUAUCCAAGAUAGAUGUGAUAGAAUUGUCAGAUGAGUUAUGUGGAAAAGGUUUACCUAUGUCUUUAUUCCUGUUUACAGACAGUGUAGAGAUGUGCAAACGGCGGUCGAAAUAUACCACUAGCAUGAAAAGUCCAGCCACUCACAAAACACCUCAGAAGCCCUUCAAACAUUUAGUGAUGAUACCAUUACCCACAAUAAAACGGGUGUUAGAUUGUAAUGAAACUGAAGAUUGUCGGAAUGCUUUUGGACUGAUCUGUAAAAGUACUUUAGAUACCAAGGGAACAAGCAGUAAACUAUAUAGUUUUAUGGUAGACAGUGAAGAAACAACAAAGAAAGAAUUUGUUACUAGUGUUGGGAAGAGUAUUGUCAAUUUGAACUGUGUAUCGGACUAUGAUAGUCUUGUUCUUUCUGUAGAGGGUAAAGACUUACAGAUAAGUACCAGUGAAGUUGAAAGAAAAACCCAUACAUUGAGCAGAGCAGCUAGGUUAGGGAAGAGGGUGAGCAGAGCAUUCUCCUUUAACAAGACACCCAAGCUAAAGAGAGCUGUGUCUAGUAUUUCUCAUGUAUUUAGUCCAGGAGGUGUGCCACCUUCACCUGGUGGAGACCUCAGGGGGAAGAGAUUAGCCAGUUGUGUAGAUCUUACAGAAGUGUCACCAACAUUAUCAACAUUUUCAAGUUAUCCCAGCACAAUGACUCUUUAUGAAGAUCCAGACUCUGUUAGCUUAGAUUGUUACUCACUGAAAGAUUCUAAUGACUAACAUAUAUAUCAACACAAUUCUUUACCAUGUGAUAUUUUUAUACUAAUAUUUAUGCUUCUUGUACCUUCUGGAUAUAGGGCAGGUAGUCAUUAUAUCUUUCAUCUACUCUAUCAGACAUAUGUACUUAAUUUACAUAAAAUAGAUAUCCUUAAAUUAAAAAGGUAGACAGUUGUUUGUGAUUGCUUUAAAUUGACCAACACAUGUUUUGUUUUUGUCAUGUCCAGUUAACAAAUAUGUCAACUCAAAAUCUGCAUUUCAAACUUGAAGAAACUUGAGAAACAUGUUUUUUGUAUCAAAAACAGAUAAAUUUUGAAGCCUGAUAGAAUUCAAAUUUAACCGCUGUGCUAAAAAAAUUGAUGGUGUAUUGUUGUUUACCAUUAUUCUUUAUAAAGUCAACAAAGUAGAAAAAAAAUUAAGUGUCAUACUGUCAUUGCAGAUUCAUUGGUCAUAAAAUAAAACAGCUGAAAUGAAUAAAAUAUAUAUAUAUAAUAAGUGCUGGAUUCACUGAAACAUUCCAUCCAUAUAUGAGACUUAGCAUUAGAAAAGAUUAUUACACAUGUUAUAUCUGUUUCCAUCUCUUUCUUUUGUAGCUUAAUCUUUAUUUUCUGGUUUUUUUGUUUAUAAUUUUGUUUAAUUUAAAUGGUGCUGUGUCAAGAAAUGUUUUUUCAUGAGUUACUAACAUCUUUAUGAAGAACUUACAAACAAAAAAUUGUGCCAUACAUUGCUAGAUAAUGGAUUUUCUUAGAAAUGUUGUAAUAUAACAACCUUAUGAUUUAAAAAUCACCUUAUGAAUAUUAAAAAAAUAACAUGAAUGUAAUAUCUAACCCAUCAGGUAUAAACAGUAAGUAGAUUCCCUUUGUCCAUUCAGAAUCCAUGUAUAAUAGAUUAUUUUACUGUAAUAUAAUCUUCAAGAUCAGCUAAAUGUCAAAUGUGUCUACGGACCACCAAUUUGAAAUUUACUCUUUUUAAGAAUGACAGUCAAAUUGUUUCUGUUUUUGAAUUAAAAGAUAAAAUAAUAUUGGUUCUGUUAAUACUUUGAUUGGUUUAAUUCAAAUAAAAGUACUGUUUUAUUUUUUCUUAAUUUUUCACAUGUAAUAAAAGGAUGGAUCAUUAUUUUUAAAUUAAACUGCCUGAACAGUUCAGAAUGUCUGUGAUAUUAAGCUACAGUAAACCAUCAAAAUUGGCAUUUCAUUCUUUAUUUAAGUUAUUGCCCCUUGAUGUUGAUUUUGAAAGUUUUUAGAAAAGGUAAUCUCAAAUGAAAACAUUAUCUUUGCUUCUCUACAUAUGAGAAACAUUUGCUUUUUCACAUGUGAAGUUUUGUACAGAUAAUAGAAAACAAAUUAUAAUGACUGUCCCUUUUAACUUACACAGGAGAAAGAGAGGAAGAAAUACAUUUUUGUGUCAAAAACAAACUUAAUUCUAAUUGCUACAAUUUUUUUUCAUGCCCCACCUAGGGGCAUUAUGUUUUUCAGUCUGUGCGUCCAUUCACCUGUCCUUUCUUCUGUCCCACUUCAGGUUAAAAGUUUUUGGUCAAGGUAGUUUUUGAUGAAGUUGAAGUCCAAUCAACUUGAAACUUAGUACACGUUCCCUAUGAUAUGAUCUUUCUAAUUUUAAUGUCAAAUUAGAGUUUUGACCCAAAUUUCACAGUCCACUGAACAUAGAAAAUGAUAGUGCGAGUGGGGCAUUCGUGUACUAUGGACACAUUCUUGUUUCUUCCCGAGAUAUACUAAACAGCGAAGAUACAGUUAUUUCUUAAAUUAUAACCAGAUCUUAGUUACUGUGAUAUGAAUAAGAAGAUAUAAGUUGUUCUUAGGCAUGUUUUAUUCACAUAUGAAUCUGUUCCUCAAAUGAUAUUAUUUAUACAUAUCCAUUUUUUUUAUUCAGUAUGUAAAAUAUUGUAAAUAAGCAUUUUAGGUUUAAACACUCUAAUUGAUAACAAGGUUGUUUAAUGUAUUUUUUAUUCAAAGUAAACAAUUACAGCUUCUCAAUUUUCUUGUAUGGUAACUGUUUGCCUUGUAAUUUGAACUAAAUUUUAUUUAAAAAAUCAGUUUUAAUAAUGAAAUAUGCAAUUCACUUUAUACAUGAAUAAUAUAGAAAUGUCAAAUUUCAGUUGCAUUUCUAUUUGAUUACCAUUAUUAUAAGAUUUGUGCAAGUAAUACACUGUCCUUUUUUAAAUUCAAUGAGCAUAUUAUUCAUGUAAUACAAGUAAUUUGAAAAAAAAUGGAUUGCAAUAGCUGCUAAGUCAUUUUAUAUGGUAAACAUUUACAUGCAUGAAAAUUCUGUACAAAAAAAUCAGUGUGUAAAUUUUAUAAAGUUUUAUAAUCGUGUAUGUAUUAAGUAUUCGGUUGUGAACCUGAGAAAUUAGUGCUUAGAAAGUAAAAUAAAAAAAUAGACAUAAA